AAGAUGGCCAAGAUUAACACCCAGUACUCCCACCCCAACCCGCCCUGCCCUCGGGUAAGGACCACAGACAGAGAUCUCGAUCCCAUGGAAAAUGGCCUCCGCAGGACCCGCUCACCAGGCGAGGAGACAUCCUCAGGACUGCAACCAGGAAUCGCCAUGGAGACCAGAGGACAGACUGAAUCCAGGCAAGGCUCCUUGACCGGCCAGGAGCCUGCCAGGCUGUGGCGCCUCAUCGUCUCACUGCGCGUGUGGGCUUCCAGGCACUUACGCCACCAGGACCAGAGACCUGACUCGUUCCUGGAGCGUUUCCACGGAGCCGAGCUCAAGGAGGUGUCCAGCCGAGAAAGCAGUGCCCAGUCCAACGUGGGCAGCGAAGAGCCAGCAGACGGAGAGAGCAGGAAGAAGGGCACCAUCGUGGUGGACCCCGCCAGCAACGUGUACUAUCGCUGGCUGACCGUCAUUUCCCUGCCUGUCUUCUACAACUGGUGCCUGUUGGUGUGCAGGGCAUGUUUUGAUGAGCUGCAGUCUGAGCACCUGAUGCUGUGGCUGGUCCUGGACUACUCUGCGGAUGUCCUCUACAGCUUGGAUGUGCUGGUGCGCGCCAGGACCGGCUUCCUCGAGCAAGGCUUGAUGGUCAGGGAUCCCAAGAGGCUGUGGCGACAUUACACGAAGACCUUGCACUUCAAGCUGGAUGUGCUGUCCCUUGUCCCCACGGACCUGGCUUAUUUUAAGCUGGGCAUAAACUACCCAGAACUGAGGUUCAACCGCCUACUGAAGUUCGCCCGGCUCUUCGAAUUCUUUGACCGCACGGAGACCAGAACCAGCUACCCCAACGUGUUCCGGAUCGGGAACCUGGUGCUGUACAUCCUCAUAAUCAUCCACUGGAACGCCUGCAUCUACUUCGCCAUCUCCAAGUUCAUUGGCUUCGGCACGGAUUCCUGGGUCUACCCCAACGUCUCCAACCCAGAGUACGGGCGCCUCUCCAGGAAGUACAUUUACAGUCUCUACUGGUCCACCUUGACCCUGACCACCAUCGGAGAGACCCCGCCCCCUGUGAAAGACGAGGAGUACCUCUUCGUGGUCAUAGACUUCCUGGUGGGAGUCCUUAUUUUUGCCACCAUCGUGGGCAAUGUGGGCUCCAUGAUCUCAAACAUGAAUGCCUCUCGGACUGAGUUCCAGGCCAAGAUUGACGCCAUCAAGCAGUACAUGCAGUUCCGCAAGGUGACCAAGGACUUGGAGACACGGGUCAUCCGCUGGUUUGACUACCUGUGGGCCAACCGGAAGACGGUGGACGAGAGGGAAGUGCUCAAGAGCCUCCCGGACAAGCUGAAGGCCGAGAUCGCCAUCAACGUGCACCUGGACACCCUGAAGAAGGUCUGCAUCUUCCAGGACUGUGAGGCGGGGCUCCUGGUGGAGCUCGUGCUGAAGCUUCGGCCCGCAGUGUUCAGCCCUGGGGACUACAUCUGCAGGAAGGGGGACAUCGGGAGGGAGAUGUACAUCAUCAAGGAGGGCAAGCUGGCGGUGGUGGCUGACGAUGGGAUCACCCAGUUUGUGGUCCUCAGUGAUGGGAGUUACUUUGGGGAGAUCAGCAUCUUAAACAUCAAGGGGAGCAAGUCAGGGAACCGCAGGACGGCCAAUAUCCGGAGCAUCGGUUACUCGGACCUGUUCUGCCUUUCCAAGGAUGACCUGAUGGAGGCGCUCACCGAAUACCCUGAUGCCAAGAAGGCCCUGGAGGAGAAAGGACGGCAGAUCCUGGCGAAGGACAACCUGAUCGACGAGGACCUGGCCAACGCCGGGGCAGACCCCAAGGACAUCGAGGAGAAGGUGGAGCGCCUGGAGUCCUCCCUGGACACCCUCCAGACCAGGUUUGCACGGCUCCUGGCCGAGUACAGCGCCACCCAGAUGAAAGUGAAGCAGCGUCUCAGCCACCUGGAAAGCCAGGUGCAGCUCUGUGGGAGCAGCCCUCGGCCUGACGGGGUCGCUCUAGAACCAGAGACCAAGCAGCAGUGAAAAUGCAGAGGCCUGUCUCCUGCCUCUGGGCCGGAGUCAGCUGUCAGUGUGAUGCUAUGGAGCCCACAGGGCAGGGGACGUGGCAGGGUGACAGUCCAGCUCUCCUUGCCCUUUGCAAGCUGUGUG